CCAUAAUAACUUAAAAUAGCUGCAUUCUAGGUUUCCUGCUACUGCACCACUGAGGAAGGCAGACAGAGUUUUGCUUGUGUUGGGUCAGCUUAAGUCCGAUAGAGGCAUUUCAGUUUGCAUUUGAUCUUAAUUCUGGCUGAAGCCAUGGGACUCGUUCUACGUGUGGUGCUACUAUGGCUGCUGCUUAUUGGAAAGCUUCAGGGAAAAAUUGCACAUUCCUACCAUGGAUUUGAGCCUGGCACUUUGGACAUGAGCUAUGAGCUGCAGGGUCUGAACUACCAACCAAAGCCCAAGCCUCAGACCCCAGUUCCCCAGCAGCCUCGCUACCAGCCGCAGCAGCCUCAGGCCCCGGUUCCCCAGCAGCCUCGCUACCAGCCGCAGCAGCCUGAGGCCCAGGUUCCCCAGCAGCCUCGCUACCAGCCGCAGCAGCCUGAGGCCCAGGUUCCCCAGCAGCCUCGCUACCAGCCGCAGCAGCCUGAGGCCCAGGUUCCCCAGCAGCCUCGCUACCAGCCGCAGCAGCCUGAGGCCCAGGUUCCCCAGCAGCCUCGCUACCAGCCGCAGCAGCCUGAGGCCCAGGUUCCCCAGCAGCCUCGCUACCAGCCGCAGCAGCCUCGCUACCAGACGCAGCCUGGGGCCCAGGUUCCCCAGCAGCCUCGCUACCAGCAGCCGCAGCCUGGCUACCAGACGCAGCCUGGGGCCCAGGUUCCCCAGCAGCCUCGCUACCAGCAGCCACAGCCUGGCUACCAGCAGCAGCCUCGCUACCAGCAGCCGCAGCCUGGCUACCAGCAGCAGCCUCGCUACCAGCAGCCGCAGCCUGGCUACCAGCAGCAGCCUCGCUACCAGCAGCCGCAGCCUGGCUACCAGCAGCAGCCUCGCUACCAGCAGCCGCAGCCUGGCUACCAGCAGCAGCCUCGCUACCAGCAGCCGCAGCCUGGCUACCAGCAGCAGCCUCGCUACCAGCAGCCGCAGCCUCAGGCCCCGGUUCCCCAGAAGCCUCGCUACCAGCCGCAGCCUCAGGCCCCGGUUCCCCAGAAGCCUCGCUACCAGCCGCAGCCUCAGGCCCCGGUUCCCCAGAAGCCUCGCUACCAGCCGCAGCCUCAGGCCCCGGUUCCCCAGAAGCCUCGCUACCAGCCCAGUGGCAGUUUUGGUCUUGCUGCGCAGACAGAAGCUGCACCCAGCACAGAUGCAAUGGGUGGGACCUAUCUGAACUAUGGAGGCAAAGGAAGACUUGGCUAAAACUCAAACUAGAGCAUAAGGCAUAGACUGAAGGACUAUACCUGGAUGUGGUUUAAACUGUCAAGCAUGUACUAUCAAAAUCUUAAAAUAAAGUCUCAUGUACAAUA